AUAGAUGACACUUGACCAACCACUGGGAAAGUUAGAGGGGAGAUCUGUCAGUCAAGGAAAUCACAGUUUGAGUGGGUACAUUAGUACAUGUGUAUGUAACUGUAAUUUUAAUAUAGAUACAACAUCCAGAAAUACACAUUGAUUUAACCAGGUAAGACAGGCUAGCAUUUCAGAUAAGGGGCUAAAUAAUAAGGUGAUGGCUACAGACAAUUGCUGAGGUAUAAAACAUAGAAAAUACAAUCAACCUUUGGAACAACAGAACUCCAGAAAAUAUCUCACAAGGCAACUUUCACCCAAGAAGCAAGGAUGUGCUUGGCGUAUUUCUGCUUUCUGAUGCUACUUAACAGUGAGCCAAUGACUCUGCUUCCCUUACCUUUGAAGGAGGGAAAAGUUUCUAUGAAUGAUGCCAAAGUUCCCAAGGUUGUGUCUGAGGCUAUUCAGAAGCUUCAGGAAGUGUUUGCCUUUGGGGAGGUGCCCUUAAACAUUCUGCCAGGAAAGAAGCCCCCUCAGUUCAUGUUGGAGCUAUACAGUCGAGUGGCAGGUCCUGAUGGCAGCACCAAAGCACCUGGACUCCUGCAGGGCAACGUCGUCAGGAGCUUCGAGAACAAAGCAUACUCGGAGUCAGGAGAAUUUCUUUUUUUCUUCAAUAUCUCAUCUAUGGGAAGCAGUGAGAGAAUGUUAAAGGCAGAACUUCGAGUGUUUAAGUGGAAGCCUCUAAAGAUAGUUCCCAGGCACCAUUUUUGCAAGGUGGAUGUAUAUGAACUUAUAGACAGUGCUACAAGGCCAUGGAGGGGUAAUUUAAUUUCCUCGCGUUUGCUGCCACUACAAUAUCAGGGCUGGGAGAUGUUCAAUGUUACUCAAACGGUUUCAAAGUGGAUUGGUGAGAACAAGACAAAUCAUGGCUUCCUUGUGAUGUUCACACUGACCUCUGGCAAUUUCCUAGAAGUGGAUCUCUCGGCCUUCACCAGGCACCAGCCAGACAACAAAAGGUCUUACCUCGUUCUCUUUAGUGAUGAUGGAAGAAGAGCAGUCCCUAACAGCUUUACAUCUUUGCCGAAUAUGAAAGACAAAGGUUUACACAUUCCAUCAAUUGAGGACUCUUCAAUUUUACUGCCUACACCAUACAAGUUUCCACUGGUGGUGGAACUGUCCAAGAGUCGAAAAAUUAGAGACGUUUUCAUAGAAAAACAACCACAAUGCCAACGCAGACCGCUUUAUGUGGAUUUUGAGGAGAUAGGAUGGGCAGGAUGGAUCAUCUCUCCAAAAGGAUAUAAUGCCUAUCACUGCAAGGGAACAUGCCUUUUUCCUCUGGGACAAGGGUUGGGUGCUACCAACCAUGCUACAGUUCAGUCCAUUGUACAUGCUCUAAAACUCAACAAAGAUAUUGGAACUCCAUGUUGUGUUCCUGAUGAGCUGAACUCCAUCAACCUACUGUAUUUUGAUGAUGAGGAAAAUGUUGUUCUCAAACAAUACAAUGACAUGAUUGCUGUCAGCUGUGGGUGCCAUUAAAAUUUGGAAAAGAAUGGAUAAACAUUGACACCAAGAAAUAUAUAUUGACUGUUCUGUGAGCAAACAGAUAAUAAGUAAACACUAAAAGCCUGAAGUGGAUUAUUAACAUUAUCUAUAUACCUGCCUGGUCAGGAUUUUUGUUG